CGAAACCGCAUAACAAAAGGAAAAACAAAAUUCUCCGCAAAACCUAAGAACCCUAACCUAAAAACAAAGAAAACGAAUAAACACGCAACGAGACAACACUGGAAACCAAAAAAAAUCUAUCAAGAUGAGUGAUGACCAAACAACGCCCAAUGAUGAUAAAGUUGCCAAACAUCAAGUCGUUGCCUACACACAAAAAUCGCAAAUCAAACAUGAGAAUCGUCACAUUCAAUUGGUGCGUGAGUAUGGCUUCCAUCCGAGGACGAAGGCGACUGUCGAGGAUGGCGACGUGUUGCCAAAGAAAUUCGAACCGUUUCCGGAGAAUAUGUACGGCAAACCUCUGGAGGAAAUUGAUAAUUUCAUCUAUGAAGAGACAUUCUGUGUAGUCUCCAAACGAUUUCGGAAAAACUACAUACACCGCUUCACCGGUACGAAAAGUCUCUUCCUUUUCCACCCAUGGAGUACAGCACGUCGGGUCUGCGUCUACAUAGCAACGAAUCAAUUCUUCGACUACUGCGUCAUGGCUACAAUUCUAUUCAACUGCAUUUUUUUAGCUAUGACCGAGACGGUGGAAGAGGCCGAAUAUAUCUUCCUAGCAAUUUACUCCAUUGAAAUGGUAAUCAAAAUCGUUGCCAAAGGCUUCCUACUCAACAAGUACACCUAUCUGCGCAAUCCAUGGAAUUGGCUGGACUUUGUUGUAAUAACGAGUGGUUAUGCCACUAUCGGCAUGGAGGUGGGCAAUCUGGCCGGUUUACGUACAUUUCGCGUGUUGCGCGCCCUAAAGACUGUUUCAAUAAUGCCAGGACUAAAGACUAUCAUCAAUGCACUUUUGCACUCAUUCCGCCAAUUGGCCGAGGUCAUGACAUUAACCAUUUUUUGCUUAAUGGUCUUUGCACUGUUCGCACUACAGGUUUAUAUGGGUGAACUGAGAAAUAAGUGUGUGAGAAAUCUUCCAGACGAUUGGGUUAAUACCACAGACUUGGAGUGGCGCAGCUGGAUCAACGACACCGACAACUGGCUGUACGACGACGAGGAAAUGCCAAUGCUUUGUGGCAAUUUAACAGGCGCUCGCCACUGCCCUACGGACUACACUUGCCUUUGCGUGGGUGAGAACCCGAAUCAUGGUUAUACGAAUUUCGAUAACUUUAUGUGGUCCAUGUUAACGACUUUCCAAUUGAUUACAUUGGACUAUUGGGAGAAUGUCUACAAUAUGGUAUUGGCCACAUCUGGUCCCAUGAGUGUGUCAUUUUUUACCGUGGUUGUGUUUUUUGGCUCAUUUUAUUUAAUUAAUCUAAUGUUAGCCGUAGUUGCACUAAGUUACGAGGAAGAAGCCGAAAUCACAAACGAAGAACGCAAGAAAGACUUAUUGGAUCAUCGCGAUGAUUCAACAUUUAGCUUCGACCCGUCCGUUUUAAAUGUAAAAAAAUUAAAUAAGAACAAUAAAAAGAAGAUCGAUUCGCGCAAGGGUGUGCUGCUAGCGUCGUAUAGCAAAAAGAAGACACGCCGAAAAAAGGUUAAAGGCGGAAAAGACGGUGCCAACAACAAUAACGAUAGCAACGGAAAUGGCCAAAAUAAAAGUAGAUCCGUUACGCCCAGCCCAGGUCCCAGUCCACGCCACAGCAAUGCUGAACGUCCCAAACAGCUGCAAUUGCAGCUCACCACAACCCCACAGCAACAACAGCAACAACAACUGCUGUCAACACCCAUUGCACAACAACAACAGCUAAAGGAACAACAACAAUCACAACAAACACCACAAGCGCUAACACCGAAAGAGGCGCAGACUGCUCGCACACGUAUUUGCUUCCAAGACGAUGGCAAUAAAAAUCCCAAUAUGUUAUAUCCAUCCGAUUAUAAAGGACAAUUGCUGCCUGGCAGCCGUCAGGCCAGCUCCAAUUCGAGUGGCGUGAAUCGCGAGUCAUCGCAAGACGAUUCCGGUGUGGUGGAUGAUCAUGAAGAACAGGAUACCGGCACCGAAAUGGUCAAUGUAUCCACAGUGGAGCUGCCAAAUGAGUUGACCUCGGUGACGUUGGCUCUGUCGCCGCGCGAGGUGCGGCUCAUCAAGUGCAAUGGCAACAUUGCGCGCAUUAAGAAGCAUAACAUUUAUGCGCUGCAUCAGGAAUUCUCUUCGGAAAUUGUGGUGAUCGAUGAUCUUCCCGAUCGUAAUUGUGAUAGAUGCAUACAAUGCUGUGUCAACUAUGAAGGUUGGCUGCAGUUCCAGAACUGUCUCUACAAGGUGGUGCGUGAUCCACUUUUCGAAUUAGCCAUAACGCUCUGCAUAGUACUAAAUACGGCAUUUCUAGCCAUGGAGCAUCACGGCAUGAGUGAGAACUUUCGCAAUGCAUUAGACGUAGGCAAUAAAGUUUUUACAUCGAUUUUCACAUUCGAAUGCAUCAUUAAGUUAAUGGCAUUGUCGAAGGAUUUUUUUCUAUGCGGCUGGAACAUUUUCGAUCUGAUCAUUGUGACAGCCAGUUUAUUAGACAUUAUAUUUGAGUUGGUGGAUGGUCUUAGUGUGCUGCGGGGCUUGCGUUUGCUCCGCGUGCUCAAACUAGCGCAAUCGUGGACCACAAUGAAGGUCCUGCUCAGCAUUAUCAUAUCGACAAUAGGUGCUUUGGGUAAUCUUACCCUGAUUUUAGUUAUAGUCAUAUAUAUUUUCGCUGUGAUCGGUAUGCAAUUGUUUUCGAAAGAUUACACACCCGAAAAAUUCGAUCCAGACCCAGUGCCAAGGUGGAAUUUUAACGAUUUUUUCCAUUCGUUCAUGAUGAUAUUUCGCAUAUUGUGUGGUGAGUGGAUUGAGCCGUUGUGGGAUUGUAUGCGUGCGGAGGAGGAGCAGGGCGCCUCAUCGUGCUUUGCCAUAUUCUUGCCAACGCUAGUGAUGGGCAAUUUCAUGGUGCUAAACUUGUUCUUGGCGUUGUUGCUCAACAGUUUCAAUUCGGAGGAAUUGAAGUCGAAAAAAGAGAUUUUCAAAAAGAAGGAAGUCGGCGAAGAGUCGAAAUUGGCGCGCAGCAUCGAGCGUGUACGCGAUCUGAUACGCAAGAAGCGGCAGGAGCGUAAAGAGCGCAAGGAGCGCAAAUAUGCGACCAAGUUUCAGCAGAUCGUCAUGGAGGCGCAGCAGGCGGCGGCGCAGGUGAUCGAGAAGCCGAGCUUACUAACCGAGACGAAGCUGCAUAGAUUAAGUUAUCAGGAGUCCAUGAAUCGUCCGGUGUCCGGCUCGGAUUUCGGCUUUCAAAUACCCUUGAAGGAUGCAUUGCACACGAUCAUUGAUGGCGUAGAGAGUGAGCAUGAGCUGUCCGAGCAACAGCAAUACCAACAACAACAACAACACUUGCAAUCGCCAACACAAUUGCAGCAACAGCAACAACUUAUGCUACUGCAACAACAACAGCAGCAGCAGCAACAACAAUUGCAUCAUAUGCAAUUACAGCAGCAAGCGCCCUCCUUCGAUGGCAUUACAACAACCACCAGCUCCUGCCAAUUAGACAAUAAUAGUCGCAACGAUUACAAUACGCUUUAUCCGCAAGCGGAACGUCGCCUGCUGCAUCAAGUGUCUUCCGGUUUCGGCACCCAACACAACGAUUCGCGUGAUGAGCCCACAUACACCGAGUCCAUUGAGCUGCGUCUCAUGGGCCAGUAUAAUUCGACUGACACCGAUCCAUAUGCGAAUGAUCAGCGUAGCGGUUCGUUUAUGCGUGGCGAUUCACUGCAGGACACGUCGUCACGCCGCUACUGCAGCGAUGAGCAUGACGCGGCUUAUCUGCAGUAUCAGAAGUCAUUGCUGACGCGUUCGCCUAGCUAUCGCAAGUCAUUAGAUCGACUGUCGCAAUCGAGCGAUCAGUCGCAACGUUCACUGAUACCGUCACGUAGUCUGAAAUCCGAUGACGACUUGCAUAUGGGUGUGCGACGACACUCGAGCGGUCAUUCACUGAAUACAAUCUCGAUGGAACACGAGGAGCUGCUCUCACAUCAGGGUAACUUGCGUGACGAAUUGCUGAACUGUGAGCAUAAGGAGCUCUUUCAAUUUCUGCAAGAUGAUGCGGACAAUAGUAACAAUUAUUUCAGCGAAACCGUCGGUUAUGGUUCGGCAUAUGUUGAUGCCGACACCGAUUCGCUGAUUGUCGAUGCGCGUAAAGAGGAACGCAAACCGUCGACCAGCAGCAUCAAAUCGAAUUUAAGCUAUAUAUCCAACUCGAUAAUGCAACAGAUCGAGCAGCGCCGUAAUGGUAGCCACCCGUCUAGCAAUGGCAAUGGACAGGACGAGGUCUUGCCACUGGUUGAGCAUUCUGAGUUCGAUAAUAUCAUACAGAGUUUUGAGAAAGAGUUGGAGGAGAUUAAACGCUCCACCACGUCGUUGGAGCGUCGGUUAUCCACACUCUCAGAACCCUCGCCGGCGGCCGACGAAGCCAAUAAAGCCAUACUCGAUCAUAUUGCGGUGAUAACAGGCGCCUCAGAGCGUGCAGCCGCCGAUGAGGUGGUACAUCCAUUAAAUCCCUAUGAUAGUUAUGACCUAUCGACAGUGCCGCGUCGCCAGCAUCCGCUGCUCACCAGCACUGAUCGCAAUUCGGUGAAGAUCAAGCGACGCAGCCUUGAGAAGCAACGGAAGAUCGACGAAGACUUUAGCAUAUCAAAUGAAAUACGCAAAAUCUGUGAUCAAAUACAUGCGCCAUUUGUGACCAUCGAAUCGAUGGCCGUGGCAGCUACGGUGACAGCGGCAGCCAAAUCGCCGUUCGCACGCCAUAAGAGCGAUCAGUUUGCGGCACAAUUUGACCGCUUCAAGCGAUUAUCGCUGAUCGAACGUGUCGAUGAAGUACCUGAAGAAGAGAAACCCAUAUCAACGCUGCGCAUGGAGUCGGAGAAAUUGCCACGCAAGUGCCUCACAACAGACGCCAUCCGACUUGAUAGCUUAUCGCUGAAAAGCACCAAUUCAUAUGAGAAUUUGCUAAUACAAAAGCAACAGCUGAGCCGUCAACAGAGUAAUCAACGUGACGGCGGCUCAUUGGCAUCGUCCGGUGUGGCUGUACCAGCAACGCCACCAACAUCGCUCAAGUCGCAGCUCGAACCGCCAACACUAGCACAAAUAUCCUCAAUCAAGACCACGCCGCCGCUAGCGGCACUCACUGAGCACCAACAACAUUACCACGCCUCGAAAAUACAUGACCCACCACCACCACCACUACUACCAUCACAACAACCACUAAUUCCGUCAGCAACAAGAACCACCAUUUCCACAACUUGCACCACCACCACCACGACCAUCCGCCCAAGGGCUGCCGGCGAUGUGGGCGAUAUGCGCGCCAAACGCUUCGCCGAGCAUCCUCAAUCGACUCUAGACAAAGCCGCUUCCUUUCAAUCCACACGCACUGAAUCGCAUAGUUCAUGCGGUGGCGGCAUUGCCGAUACCAGUUCGGUACUGGCACUGGGUUAUAGCGUGCCGGGUGCACGCUCAUCUGCGAGCGGUGCUAUGGUAACGGAGACCGCCGAACCAACACAGAAGUCGGCGUUCUCGCGGCUGACCGAAAAACCAUGGCAUUGUCUGGUCUCCUACGUAGACGAUCUCACAGUAGGUGGGAGACGUAACUCGCAGGGAGCAUACAAUGAUCCCAUGACUUUUCCAAGUUUCGGACAAUCGAAAACACCGAAAGUGCCAGACGAUUGCUUCCCGCAGAAGUGUUACGAUCACUUCUACUUUCGCUGUCCAUGGUUCAUGUCGUGCAUGGACACGAAGAGCGCCAAACAUUGGACACGCAUAAGGACGGCUGUCUUGGCGGUUGUCGAUACUCCAGCCUUUGAGUGGUUUGUGCUAGUGCUCAUAUUCGCGUCGAGCAUCACACUCUGUUUCGAGGACAUCUACUUGGACAGCAAUAAAACGCUGAAACGUAUACUCUACUGGACGAACUUCUCAUUUUGUCUGAUCUUUGUCGUUGAAAUGGUUUUGAAAUGGCUAGCGUUGGGGUUUUCCAAAUAUUUCACCAGUUUUUGGACGAUAUUAGAUUUCAUUAUAGUCUUCGUAUCUGUGUUCUCAUUGCUCAUUGAGGAGAAUGAGAAUCUCAAGGUUCUGCGUUCGCUACGCACAUUGAGAGCUUUACGUCCAUUACGUGCCAUAUCACGGUGGCAAGGAAUGCGAAUUGUAGUAAAUGCUCUCAUGUAUGCAAUACCGUCAAUUUUUAAUGUACUUUUAGUUUGUUUAGUCUUUUGGUUGAUAUUUUCCAUAAUGGGUGUACAAUUUUUCGGUGGUAAAUUUUUCAAAUGCCUUGACGAUGAUGGUGAAUUGCUGCCAGUGACGGAAGUGAACGACAGAGCCGAUUGCAUUAAACAAAAUUACACAUGGAUCAAUUCGAAGAUCACCUUUGAUCAUGUCGGCAUGGGCUAUCUGGCGCUGCUGCAAGUGGCCACCUUCGAAGGUUGGAUGGAGGUUAUGGCCGAUGCGGUCGAUGCACGCGGCGUCGAUCUGCAGCCGCAACGCGAGGCCAAUCUCUACGCCUAUAUUUACUUUGUGAUCUUCAUUGUUUGCGGCUCAUUCUUCACGCUCAAUCUAUUCAUUGGAGUUAUUAUCGAUAAUUUCAAUAUGCUCAAGAAGAAGUAUGAAGGAGGAGUGUUGGAAAUGUUUCUCACCGAAUCUCAAAAACACUAUUACACCGCCAUGAAAAAGUUGGGACGAAAAAAACCACAGAAAGUCAUUAAGCGACCAAUAAAUCAUUUUUUAGCAAUGUUUUAUGAUUUAUCGAAUUCGAGAAGAUUCGAAAUAGCCAUAUUUGUAUUGAUUUUUUUAAAUAUGUUAACCAUGGGUAUCGAGCACUACAACCAACCGCAUUCUGUGUUUUUCAUACUCGAAGUAAGCAAUGCAUUUUUUACCACCGUCUUUGGUCUGGAGGCGAUCGUCAAGAUCAUCGGUUUGCGUUAUCACUACUUUACUGUGCCAUGGAACGUUUUCGAUUUCCUACUUGUACUCGCCUCAAUUUUCGGCAUCCUCAUGGAGGAUAUCAUGAUCGAUUUGCCCAUCAGCCCAACCCUAUUGCGUGUGGUACGCGUCUUUCGCAUCGGUCGUAUACUGCGUCUUAUUAAAGCGGCCAAGGGUAUACGUAAACUAUUGUUCGCUUUAGUUGUCUCACUGCCGGCGCUAUUUAAUAUUGGCGCACUAUUGGGAUUGAUCACCUUCAUCUAUGCUAUAUUGGGCAUGUCACUGUUCGGCCAUGUUAAGCUGCAGGGCGCCUUAGAUGAUAUGGUGAACUUUCAGACAUUCGGACGCAGCAUGCAGCUGUUGUUUCGGCUAAUGACCUCCGCUGGUUGGAAUGAUGUGCUGGAAUCACUGAUGAUUCAACCACCCGAUUGCGAUCCCUUCUUCAAUAAGCAAACAAACGGAGACUGCGGCCAUCCCCUAUUGGCCAUCACCUAUUUUACUAGUUUCAUUAUAAUCAGUUAUAUGAUUGUGAUUAACAUGUACAUUGCAAUUAUUUUGGAGAAUUUCAAUCAGGCACAUCAGGAGGAAGAGAUCGGUAUUGUCGAAGACGAUUUGGAAAUGUUCUAUAUCAGAUGGUCCAAAUACGACCCACACGCUACACAAUUCAUACACUUUGGUCAACUUUCGGAUUUCAUUGCCUCGCUCGAUCCACCGCUUGGCAUUUCGAAGCCCAACACUGUAGCGUUGGUCUCAUUCAAUUUGCCGAUAUCGAGGGGUAAUAAAAUUCAUUGCCUUGAUAUAUUACACGCACUAGUCAAACAUGUGUUGGGUCAUGUUGAGGAGACGGACAACUUCAAGCAGUUGCAGGAACAAAUGGAUGUGAAAUUCAAGAAACAAUUCCCCACACGCAAAGAGUUGGAAAUUGUUUCGUCGACACGCAUAUGGAAGCGUCAGGAGAAGGCGGCCAAAACCAUACAAAAUGCCUGGCGCGAAUAUCAGCGCAUGAAGAAGGAGAAGGAGCGCUCAAACUCGGGUGACAGCAUGACGCAGACAUCGAGCCCCGGCGGUUGGCAGUCCAAACUGUCAGCGCUCAAUUUCUUUCAUCUACAAGUCAGUCGUCGAGGCACUCAGUGCUCCAGCCGCGCCUCCUCGCGCAAGUCUUCACGCGCCUCCGAUGCCUCCGAUCUGAGCGAAUUGGCCGGUCCAUGGUUAAAUCUGCCGCUAAUGCUGGUCUCUGGCGCCGAUGAUGUGGUGAAGGACAUCAAGCAACAAAGCGAGGAACUCGGCAAGCGUCCUAUUUCUAGAAUGUCCUCUUGUCUCUCCCUAACAUAUGAGUCAUUGCUCGCAGAUAUGGUCUCAAACGUUUUACAAAGUGGCUCACAGUCAAGUGAUUUAAAUUUAUUAGCGAAUCACAAUGAUUGUGAAAGAGGCAUCUCACCAAUAACAACAGCAAUUUCCUCCACAACCAUAGCCACCGAUAGACAAACCCAACAACAACAGCAGCAACAACAACAACCAUUACCAACGCAAAUAGCGCCAACGCCCACGCGCAAGCGUGCCACCAGUUUUAUACGUAAAAAGCCACCGCUUGAAAGAGGUUUGUCAGCACAAAGCGCUUUAAGAGUUAACAAAAAUGCUUUUGUCUCCGAUGGUUCAGCACCGGAAGUGAUCGUAACGAAACCAUCACCUGACCAGCAAUCGGGUCCGAUGGGCUUAAGGCCGGAAAAUUCAACAUUGGUCCACGUAUUGGUGCAUAGGGAGAGUGAGGAGUAUAAAGAGGAGGAGGAUGAGGAGAAUGCCGGUGCGGGUGGUAUGUCCCCAGCAGGCGGAAUUGACAAAUUCAAACCACCGCAAAUACAUAUUAGCCCGGGUUCUGAAGACAUACGCUUCGAUGAAUUGCUACCAAUGCAACAGCCGGUCGUACAAAUAAUGGUGGAUAGUCCCAAAGAACCACCACGUGGUGAUUUCUCUGACGAAUAUCCCGAAACGUCAGCACACGUUUACGACUAUUAUCCACCAACGAAUGAUGAACUAAUUGCCGCUGAGACUUCAAUGGGACCAACGGUAGAGAUUUCACCCCCCACACCGAUCGAUUUGAAUGCACCAAUCGAUGUUAAUAUACAGGGUGACACAUCGAAAGUAUUCUACGAUUAUAAUCCAGAGGAUGCCAAUGAAAUCAUUGUGCUGGAGACAUUAACCGAAGAGUCACCCAAAUCCGAGGAACUACCACUACCACAAGCUGUACUGCCUGCGCUUCCUAUUGCGACAACGCCAUCAUACGUAACUGCAGCAACACCAACAUCACCAACAACAAGAGGCACACCCACAGGCAUGCGCGAGAGCAGCAGCAACAGCAGCGAGAGUGACACACCUGAUGAAGGUGCACAAGCGGUAAGAUGACCCUCACUACAAACAGCA